CAGCUGCAUCCGGUUUCACUCCUGCUCAGAAGAAGUCUGCAGCUUUCUCUUUUCUGUUUCUGUGGUUUCUUUCUUUCUUUCCUGCUAACCUACUUCAGAGAAACACAACCGUUACCUUAGACACCUGAACUUUAAUACCUCUUAGCAUUUUAUAAAUGUUAAUGAGUAUUUUGAUGUUAAUUUAGCUUAAUAAGAGGAAGGUAGCAGAGAGUAAACUAAGAUGAUGUCAAAACUAACUAAAAGCUAGCUAGAGUUUCUUAUGGAAGACAUGAGUGGACAUGUCAGCAGGCGUGUUAUCUGAUAGUUUAACGUUUUAUUUAACAACAGAGGGAACCAUGGUGCCAUUAAAGAGGAGAAAAGUCUCCUCCUCAGCUGCUGGGAGUACUGGGAACACUGGGAACACUGGGAAUACUGGAGAUAAAGUGAAGUUCCCUCAGCUGGUUCUGUUCCUGUUGGAGAGGAAGAUGGGAUCCAGUCGAAGAGCUUUUCUGUCUCAGCUCGGUCUGAAGAAAGGAUUCCAGCUGGAGGAGAUGUUCAGUGAGACCGUCACACAUGUAGUUUCUGAGAACAACUCUGGUGAUGAGGUCAGAGCGUGGAUGGACUCGCAGGUCGGAGGUCAAACACCUGCUCACCUGCUGGACAUCAGCUGGUACAUAGAGAGCAUGCAGGCUGGACGUCCUGUCGAAAUACUGGACAGACAUAAACUACAGGAGCAGCAGAAUAACGAAGCGGAGGUCGUGGUGUUUUCUGUCCCCAGCUAUGCGUGUCAGAGACGGACCACGCUGGACAACCACAACGCCGUCCUCACCGAUGCUUUGUCGCUGCUGGCUGAAAACGCCGAGCUCAGUGACGAGGAAGGACGAGGUGUCGCAUUCCGACGGGCCGCCGCCGUGUUGAAGGCUCUCCCCAAACCGGUGACGGGCGUGACGCAGCUCAGAGGGCUUCCGUGUCUCGGAGGACAUUCACUCAGAGUCAUCAAGGACAUUUUGGAGAACGGAGCGUCGAGUGAAGUUGAAUCUACGAAGCAGUCUGAGCGGUUUAAAGCUGUGAAGGUUUUAACAGGUAUUUUUGGAGUUGGAGUGAAAACAGCAGAGCGCUGGAUCAGAGAGGGGAUAACCAGCCUUCAGCAGCUGCAGGACUCAGAUCAAACACUCAAUCGAGCUCAACAAGCAGGUCUGGAGCACUAUGACGACCUCAACCAGCCGGUCACUAAGGCGGAGGCUGACGCCAUCGCAGAGGUUGUGGAGGAAGCCGUCGUGUCUGUGUUACCAGGGGCACGGAUGACUCUGAUCGGAGGAUUCAGGAGAGGAAAGCUGACGGGCCAUGACGUGGACUUCCUGAUAACUCACCCAGAGGACGGCAGAGAGGAGGGACUGAUGCCGAAAGUCGUCUCCCGGUUAGAAUCACAGGGUUUCCUGUUGUACCAGAAAACUACCAGGAACUCCUACCUGGAGGCGAAGGACGGUCCUGCUCGACCCGCCUCCAACAUGGACCGCUUUGAGAGGUGUUUCUCCAUCUUUAAACUGUCCGAGGAGGACGGACGAGGAACGACGUGGCUGGAGACGGAAAACACACCCAAGGACGCGAGCGGCGUUGUGGCCCCCUCGCAGGUCAAAGGUGAAGCACUCAAACCGUGGAGAGCAGUGAGAGUGGACCUGGUGGUCUCUCCCAUCAGCCAGUUUGCUUUUGCUCUGCUGGGCUGGACCGGAUCCAAGUUGUUUGAGAGAGAGCUGCGACGCUGGGCGGGACACGAGAAGGCCAUGUCUCUGAGCAGCCACGCUCUCUACGAUAACAAACAGUGUAGGUAUCUGAGAGCUACGUCAGAGGAGGAGAUAUUUGCUCAUCUCGGUCUGGAGUACGUUCCUCCGUCAGAGAGAAACGCCUGAAAACACCUGAUGAGCUCCGACGGGAGGAACAAGCAGGUACCAUGUGAGGGUUUGAACCUGCAGACAGGAGGGUUAAUGAAGCCUCGGCUGGGUGUCAGACCCAAAACACACCUGUAAAGAGAGCUGCAGAGUUUAAACGUUUAUCAGACACCAAAACACACUGCAAGUUCAUAAUAUUAUGAGACACAAUGUGAUAACUCUGGAAAGUUAUCAGCAAUUAUUUUGUCUUUCGUUGCAGAAAUCACAAGUUAAACCAAGUAGGUUUGUUCACAGACAAGGAGUCUGCCGUGGUGUCAAAAUAGUAAGAGAAAAUAAAAAUACAGCAAAAGUAAAGAGUCAUUUAUAACAAGAAGUAUGAACAAUAUAUAAAAAAAAGAUGUAAAAUAUAUCUAUAGUUGUAGAGUGCCGGCUUUAUGAUGAUUAAUGCAAAGAAGAAAAGAAAAAGUA